UUGGUGCCGCAUGUGACUGCACUCAAACGCAAAGGUGUAAAGAUGAGUGGGAGAGGUAAAGGCGGGAAGGGACUCGGAAAGGGAGGCGCCAAGCGUCACCGCAAGGUGCUCCGCGACAACAUCCAGGGCAUCACCAAGCCCGCCAUCCGCCGUCUGGCUCGCCGCGGCGGUGUCAAGCGUAUUUCUGGUCUGAUCUACGAAGAGACUCGCGGUGUGUUGAAGGUGUUCCUGGAGAACGUGAUCCGCGACGCCGUCACCUACACCGAACACGCCAAGAGAAAGACCGUGACCGCCAUGGACGUGGUGUACGCCCUGAAAAGGCAGGGACGCACCCUGUACGGCUUCGGAAGCUAAAGCGGUUCCGGUCCAACAACCAAAGGCUCUUUUCAGAGCCGCC